ACACACACACACACACACACACACACAUAUUGACCUUCCACAGCAUACAUUACCAUGGUAAAGCCGUUCUGUGUUCUGGCGUCCAAGUUUUUGCACGGAAUGAAACCUAUUUAGUUUCUCCACAUACAGUGUGGUAAAAGAGCGCAUUGAGGCGCUGUCCUUAAGAACCCCGACCUUACCGGCAUCGAGUCGACCCCAACAGGAAGUGGCUGUGUAUAGUUCUGGCGUUAGUCCAACUCUGGUCUUUAAUAGUGGGCAGACUUGUGUGAUCUCUCUCUUUAAUGGCCUUCGGUAGUAUGCGGUAGUGAAAUUGAUCUAGCUAAACAACUAUGGCACGGAUAUCACUUAAAAUCUCAUAUCUUGGUUUGGAUUGAUUGGGAUCCUCACAUAACUACAAACCAGGAUGUUUGGGGAUUGAUUGUGACGUCCGUCUCAAGCCAAAGCAGUCUGUUGAUGUGUAGUUGACGACAAUCAGAUAUCACUGUUUCCACCAUUGGGUUUAGUGUUAUGGUGUUUCCCAUCUGUUCCUCCCUCCUCCUCCCUAGAUGUUUUAGGGUCAGUGGGAACCUCAUGAUGAGUGGCCUCAAACUCUGGGCUUAGUCAUGGUUGGCCAGCACUGUGUGCGCCACAUCUCACUGUAGCUUCAGAUGAGUUUUUAAGGGCAGUUAUGCCGAGCCGUACCGAUGCGCGGAGCCUGACACUGAUGGAUUGCCCUCUGAGAUCCUGGAGGCUGGUUGGUAAAUUCUUCUUUGCCGGUGCCCCAGUGACUCAGCUGUGUGGAAUGUUUCUUUCCCUUAUAUUUCCCUCGCUCUCUCGCUCUCUUGCUCUCUCGCUCUCUCGCUCUCUCGCUUUCAUCUGUUCACCUGACAGCCUGAAGCCAGAUGGGCCUUGGCAUUUUUCAUGGAAGCACGUAGCUUGUGCCUGUGUGUGUCGGUGUGUCUGAGUGUGUGUGUGUGUGUGUGUGUGUGUGGAAGCACACAGCUUGUGUCUCUGUGUGUGCGUCUGUGUGUGAGUGUGUGUGUGUGUGUAGAGUGGGGUUGCAGGUGCACCUUUAUAAUAGACUGCAGUCCAAACUUCUUUUAAAGUCAACCUGUUCUGAUCAGAGAUGAAUGUUGGACAGCUUUUGGGCACACACAUAGUUCUCUGAAAUGGUUUUGGGCAAAGGCGAAGUUCUGGGAGAUCAUUUUACUUUUGGGCAUACACGAUGUUCUCUGAGAUAGUUUUGGGCAUGGUCAUAUUUUACUUUUGGGCAUACACGAUGUUCUCUGAGAUAGUUGUGGGCAUGGUCAUUGUUUACUGAUAUCAUUUUACUUUUGGGCAUAGCCAUUGUUUUCCAAAUUCUGUCCCAAAGCUGCAGCACUUCACCAUUUUUGCUCAUAUACAGACUCACUCACAUAAGAUUAAUGGUUUUCAUUUCUCUUUAAUAUCCGAGGCACAAUUUUUAACCUUUCAGCAGGGGAGUUUUGAACGUUCUAACAGAAGAUUCUGUUCUGCAACAAUGUAAGGUUCUAAAAUUCCAUGUUGAAUUAGGAGCCGUAUAGACAGGGCUCUGGUUAAAGACAAUGAAAUCAGAUUUCAUUUAGAGCGUUCAAUUCCCAACAUUCCCGUCACACCGGUGUGAUGGCAGCGGCUGAAAGCAUAUUUUUAAACAGCACUCGUUCGAUUUGAAAAGAGAUUGCCUAUUAAAUGUAAUCAGAUGAUUCCACUUCUUUUGGUCCAUCUAUGUGAGCUGAUUAAAUGAGUUUCUUCUAAACUCAAGGGCUCAUUUGGCAGUCUGUGCUGAGGUCAUUGUGUGCUGAUUAGAAAACUAUUGUUAUGGCAUGAUAAGAGAUGUGAAUGUGAUGGAAGAUGUGAUGAGUCAUGUAGCUAACAGUGGCAGUUCUCCAGAACAACACUGAGUGCAAGAGCAUACGUCAUUCCUUGUCAUUUAUUCAUUGGGCAGCGACUUACCGAAGAGGAUAACAUUCAAGCUACAGUGCUGAGGAGACCUUAUCUAGGAAAUGCUACUGCAUCUGUCAAUACUACUGCUAGAGGAGAAGAGUGACCAUGCUAUUUAAUGUCCUCUGGAUGCGUCCAGUCUGAGGUGGACUGAGAGUGAUUCUAUAAUGUGUUUGUUCAGAUACAGCGUCGUCAGUGCGUCCUCUGACACCUGUAAUAAAAGGUGAGGGCGUCUCCCUGAUGUCGUCCACGCUGUCAUAAAGACGAGAGGCGGGUAGGCAGUGUAAACACACGGUGCACUCUCUCUGUUUGCACACACACACACACACACACACACACACACACACACACACACACACACACACGGUGCACUCUCUCUGUUUGCACAGCGUCCAGAUCAAGUGGCCUUUUUCGCGUCAGCUUGCACUCGGGGGUCAACAGUUACCCGGCAGCAGUGGACUGAGUUUAGAUGCCUGUAUCAGGGUCCUCUCCUGACCGUCUACUAGUCAUUGGGAUCCUCUCUCUGCUUGUGGUCCACAUCAGCUCUGAGGCAUGGAGCAAUGAUGUUUCAGACGUCCAGUAUGGCCGACUGGGAUCCAGUGUCACUCUGGCAUGCAGAGGUAGCAGGUCCCCUGUGGAGUGGCGUGUGAAUGGGAGCUCAGUGUUGCCCCGGCAGGCUGUCCAGUUGGACUCCUCGCUCUCGUUGCCCAGCGCCCACAUCUCCAUGGAGGGCAACUACAGCUGCCACGACCAGAGCGGCACCCUCAUCCAGGCUGUGCGAGUCCGACUAGGCAUGAACAGCGGGCUACGCCACAGCUGUGUAUGGAUGUUUACCAGCCUGUUGUUUCCCUGUUGUCUCCCGAGCAGUAAUGGCGUCUUGACGGUGGAGACUUGCAUCCAGGAGGAGCAGGGCAGCUCCAGCUGCGUCAUCGAGCACCCUCCCAUGUGGAGCCACAAGCACCUGCUCAACAUCACCGAGGUCAACCCCCUGGGCUCGCAGCAGACCAUUAUCAGAGUAGACCUUCACCAACUCAUGAAGCCUGAUCCACCAGAGGCGGUGCGGUCCAUGGAGGUGGAGGGCCACCCCACCAGGCUGCAAGUCCAGUGGAGGAUCCCGGAGUCCUGGACACCGGAGGAUAUCUCGGACGUCGCCUUCCCUCUGGCUUUCCAGUUCGCCCGGCACUGGCCCCAAAGUUCCAAGGAGGCUACUGUUGUGGUGUGGUCUAGCCUCUCAUCUUGUAUUGUGCUCUUCUGUGGUCAGCUGUUCACAGAGGACGACACCAGCCUGACGAUCAUGGAUGCCCUGGCUGGACACCCCCACCACAUCCAGGUGCAGGCCAAGGACGGCAUCAGCCCUGAGAGCCAGUGGAGCGACUGGAGCCAACUGGUCCAGGCUCAGCCCUGGACAGAACCUCUGAUAGCCACAGAGGAGCCUACAGCCAUCCCUGAGUUCUUCAGCCCAGAGCAAAACAACACAGGGGCAGACACAUCCACAGUCAAGGGACCAGACUCUCAGUUGCCGGACGGUGGAGGACUUGGAGUCGUGAUGCUCCUUAGCCUGUUCGCCGGGAUCAUCGGGAUCGUGGCGUUUACGGUCAUCCUCCUGCUGUGGAUGCGACACCAGAAGCGAGGCGGUUUGAGCAAGCAGCAGCUGACCUCCAUGGUGAAGAUGAAGUCUUUGCUAAUCUGAGGUAGCGAGGUUGGCGGAGUCCUUGUUCCUUGUUAGCCCUCAUAGGGCUUCCUCAAAGGGAAUCCUCUCCACUGCUAUACUGCAGUGCUAAUACGGCUCCAGAAUCCCACAAUUCACCUGUCUCCUGUUGGUGCUCACAAGGGUUGGUUCCGAGACGCAGACCCUGGGAACUGUGAAUACAGACCAUGUAGCAUACACACAGACACACACACAGA